CAACCUCAUCGGAGACUUGGAAGUUGGAGGAAGGAAAAUGUCAAGUGAGGUAGAAGAAGAAGAAAGAAGACCUCUUAUCGGCCAUGAUUUAGGUUCCUCAAUUCUCAUCGUUCAUCAAAAUGAAGACACUAUCUCAAUCUGUCCUUUGCCACAAUCCAAUCCUACAGAUACAUCCUCUCUUUCUCUUCCUAAUCAACGCCUUUCUUCUCUCGAUGUCUUCCGCGGUCUAACUGUUGCGUUGAUGAUAUUAGUUGAUAAUGUGGGAAGGGCAUUCCCGUCCUUGAAUCAUUCUCCAUGGUUUGGAGUGACACUGGCCGAUUUUGUAAUGCCGUUUUUUCUCUUUGUGGUUGGCGUUUCGAUCGGUCUGGUAUUCAAGAAAGUCUCUAGCAAACCCAACGCCUCAAAGAAAGUCAUAUCGAGGACACUUAAGCUUUUCCUUUUGGGACUGUUACUUCAAGGUGGGUAUUUCCAUGGGCACGGCAAAUUAACAUAUGGAGUUGAUUUGAGCAAGAUACGCUGGCUUGGCGUACUUCAGAGGAUAUCUAUUGGAUAUUUCUUUGCCUCGAUAUCAGAGAUUUGGCUUGUAAACCAUAAUAUUUUGGUUGACUCACCUGCAGGUUUUGUGAGGAAAUACUCCAUUCAGUGGAUGUUUUCUAUCUUACUUUGCUCAGUGUACCUUUGUUUGCUCUACGGUCUUUAUGUUCCGAAUUGGAAAUUCAAACAUUCUAAUUUGCUUUGGUCCAGUGACUCCAGUCAUCUAUCAAUUAUUCAAAACGUUCAUUGUGAAGUGAGGGGCAGUCUUGAACCUCCUUGUAAUGUUGUGGGAUUUAUUGAUAGAUUAAUUCUUGGUGAAGAUCAUAUGUACCAGCGUCCUGUGUACAUAAGAACAAAGGAGUGUAGUGUCAAUUCUCCUGACUAUGGACCCUUGCCUCCAGAUUCACCUGGAUGGUGCCUUGCACCAUUUGACCCAGAGGGUAUUUUGAGUUCACUGAUGGCUGCAAUUACUUGUUUCAUGGGAUUGCAAUAUGGGCACAUAAUUGUACAUUUGCAGGGCCACAAGCAGAGGGUACUUCUUUGGUCUGUGUUUUCCUUCUCUCUAUUGCUCAUAGGAUACAUUCUGGAGAUCUUAGGAAUGCCUUUAUCAAAAGCACUGUACACAUUAAGCUACACGUGUAUCACUGCAGGGGCAUCAGGCUUAGUCUUGACUGCUAUCUAUUACAUUGUUGACAUAGAACAUCUCAGAAAGCCUACAGUUUUACUGCAAUGGAUGGGAAUGAAUGCUCUUGUUGUAUAUGCAUUGGCAGCUUGUGACAUUUUCCCAGCAGUUAUCCAGGGUUUCUAUUGGCAUUCUCCUGAAAAUAAUUUGGUUGACGCCAGUGAAGCUUUAAUGCAGAUCAUAUUUCAUUCCAAAAGGUGGGGUACACUGGCCUUUGUAAUAGUUGAGAUUUUAUUCUGGGGUCUUUUUGCUGGUUUCCUCCACAAGAAAAGGAUAUAUAUAAAAUUGUAAUAGAUCACCCAAUCAUGCAAAAGACGAUGACAUGUACAUAUAUUUAUAUAUGUUCCUUCUAGAUAUCUUCCUCUAGAAACUAGCCAUGCUUUUAAGUACAUAUCUUGUGUGGUUAUAUUUUGUUGAUUCUCCUGUAGCCUGCCAAAGUUGUCUUUCUCCACUUUAGCUUUGGAAUGUCUGAAAGGCAUUUCCACUAUUUGUGUCUUGAAAAUCUUGAGGGUAGCAGAAUUCAGCAUGGGACUGAAUGCUUAACUAAGACCUUUUGGAUGUACGCCCCGCAAUAUGACCAAGUUCUUUUUCUUUUCUUUUAUCCAGAACCAAGAUUGUUACAGCUAUUUGCCAUUACUAGGGGAGUUAAUGUACAGGUGAGGAGGGGUUCCUCUUCGGUUUCGUGGAGACAAAA